AUGAUGCUGCGGGGCAACCUGAAGCAAGUGCGCAUCGAGAAGAACCCGGUCCGCCUCCGCGCGCUCGACGCGGCGCCGGGGGAGACGGAGCCGGCGGCCGCCAUGGCGCUGGCGCUGGCGGCCGGGGAGGCGGCGGCGGGGCCUCCCGUGCCCUCCGCCGCCGCCGCCCCCGAGGAGCGGCCCGAGGAGGAGCUGGGCUUCACCAUCGACAUCAAGAGCUUCCUCAAGCCGGGCGAGAAGACGUACACGCAGCGCUGCCGCCUCUUCGUGGGCAACCUGCCCACCGACAUCACCGAGGAGGACUUCAAGCGCCUCUUCGAGCGCUACGGCGAGCCCAGCGAGGUCUUCAUCAACCGCGACCGCGGCUUCGGCUUCAUCCGCCUGGAAUCCAGAACAUUGGCUGAAAUUGCAAAAGCAGAACUGGAUGGCACCAUUUUGAAAAGCAGACCUCUCAGAAUUCGUUUCGCUACACAUGGAGCAGCCUUAACUGUUAAGAACCUUUCUCCGGUUGUUUCUAAUGAGCUGCUGGAGCAAGCGUUUUCCCAGUUUGGUCCAGUUGAGAAAGCUGUUGUGGUUGUGGAUGACCGAGGUAGAGCCACAGGAAAAGGUUUUGUCGAAUUUGCAGCGAAACCUCCUGCAAGAAAGGCCCUGGAAAGAUGUGGUGAUGGGGCAUUUUUACUGACAACGACACCUCGUCCAGUCAUUGUUGAGCCUAUGGAGCAAUUUGAUGAUGAAGAUGGCUUGCCAGAGAAGUUGAUGCAGAAAACUCAACAAUAUCAUAAGGAAAGAGAACAGCCACCACGAUUUGCUCAACCUGGGACAUUUGAAUUUGAGUAUGCAUCUCGAUGGAAGGCUCUCGAUGAAAUGGAGAAGCAGCAGCGUGAACAGGUUGAUAGAAACAUAAGAGAAGCCAAAGAGAAGCUGGAGGCAGAAAUGGAAGCAGCUAGGCAUGAACACCAGUUAAUGCUUAUGAGACAAGAUCUUAUGCGUCGUCAAGAAGAACUCAGACGCUUGGAAGAACUCAGAAACCAAGAGCUACAAAAACGAAAGCAAAUACAGCUGAGACACGAGGAAGAACAUCGUCGUCGAGAGGAAGAAAUGAUUAGACACAGAGAACAGGAAGAACUCAGGCGACAGCAAGAGGGCUUUAAGCCAAACUAUAUGGAAAAUAGAGAACAGGAAAUGAGAAUGGGUGAUAUGGGUCCCCGUGGAGCAAUAAACAUGGGAGAUGCGUUUAGCCCAGCACCAGCUGGUAACCAAGGUCCUCCUCCAAUGAUGGGUAUGAAUAUGAACAACAGAGGAAGUAUAACUGGCCCACCAAUGGGUCCUGGUCCUGCCAUGGGACCAGAAGGAGCUGCAAGUAUGGGAACUCCAAUGAUGCCAGAUAAUGGAGCAGUGCAUAAUGAUAGAUUCCCGCAAGGACCACCAUCACAGAUGGGAUCGCCUAUGGGCAGUAGAACAGGUUCUGAGACUCCUCAAGCACCAAUGAGUGGUGUAGGUCCUGUCAGUGGUGGUCCUGGUGGUUUUGGUAGAGGAAGCCAAGGGGGCAACUUUGAAGGCCCUAAUAAGCGUCGUAGAUAUUAAAUAUUCUUUACUCACUGAAUAUUUAGAGAAAAAAAUUAGUGGUAUGCCUUUUCAACUUUUACCUGUUACUUGGAAGAAUUGGUUUUAUUGUUAAUGUAUGUAGACUUUAAAGUUUUUUUUUGUAAAACUUGAGGUUUUGUAUUUUCCUUUAUUCAUAACUUUGUAGAUUAGAAUGGUAAUGAUGAUGUUCAUCAUUGUGAAUGUUAAAUAUUGUUGUGACUUAAGCUAAAUAGAAGUAUGCCAUAGUACUGUGAAAUCUAUGUAGUUACUUAAUCUCAAUAAAGAAAUAAUUUUGAAUAAUUUAAAAA